UUUUGAUAAUGUAUGAUUUCAAAACUAAAUCUUUAUCCAAGAUUUUAUUCGAUGUUUGUUUAUUCAUUUUCUUAUUUAACCUUUAGUUGUGUUCAAAUGAUAAUAAAGCUGAAACACUCAAAAAUGAGUGUAUGUGUGAUAUUUGUUGCGUUAAGUUUAACAGUGCUACAGACUAAAGGUUUUGUAACAGGUAGAGGAUGUCCUGCGCCUAAAGUUGAAGCACAAAACAAUGAUUCCAUUAAAACACCUUUUCCUCUAAUCUAUCCAGAUGUAGAUUCCAUGUUAACUAUAUUGCGUCUACCUCAGUUUAGUGAACAUGAAGGUGUACAAGGACUCUUAAGGUUAUAUGAAAAAGCAAAGGAAAAGAAGGCGGAGUUUCAAGAAAGAAAUUAUAAAAAGAACCAUCCUUUAAUAAUUCUCGAAGGAUUAGCAGGCUCAGGAAAAUCAACUCUUGUGAGCGGGUUAUCGAAGAAGAUCAAUGGUGUACAAUCUCAUUCACCUUCAAGCGCAGUGGAAACGUUAAAAGAUAAAUUUGUUAAUAAUCCACUACUAGACAAUAUAUACCAUCGUUUUGCUCACUAUAUAACAGCAUUGGAGGUUUACAUAUUGCUGAAGGAUUCACCUGUAGUCUUGGAUAGAUAUUGGCAUUCAUCAGCAACUUAUUCCAUAGCUCGUGCUGCCUACAACACAAACGGCAAAUAUAUACUGCCUCCAAAAGGUGAUAAAAUUUACAAUUGGCCUGACGAUUUACUUAAACCAGAUGUAGUGCUUUAUCUUAACGUUGAUGAAGACGUUCGGGAAAAAAGGUUAUAUAAAAGAGGUAAACAAAAUGACGACACAGCUUUAACUGCUGAGGAAAAAGAGAAAAUCGAGAAGAAUUUCGGAAAAAACGAAAGAUUAUUACAGAGAUGUCCAGAAUAUAGAAAUAACAUGAUAUUGGCAUAUAAAAACAUGGCCAAUCCAGAAGUGACAAUGGUUAAUGCUAAUUUAUCGAUAGACGAAGUAUUAAAUGCAGCGUACCAAAAAGUUGCCCCUCUAUUGAAACAAUAGAUUUUUUUAAUAAAGCAAUUUUUGAUUAUA